AUGGAUUCUGGAAUAGAACACGUUUCAAACCUUAUGGGUAAAUAUCUUUUAUCUGGUUGGGUUCCUUUAUUUCGUUCUAAAGACAGUACAAUAUGGUUUUGCGUUUUGUGUGAUAAAGAACCGGGGAAAUUAAAAUCACAAACAAAACAACCUAACAUUUCUCCACUUCCAACUACGAUUAAUGGAACUGAUGAUAAUGACAAAUUUAAUAAUAAAGUAGGUUCAAUUCAGCAGCCAUCAUCUUCACAAUUUGAUCUUGAUAACAUGAAGGAUGAUAAAAAUGAUGAGCUUCAACAAUUAAAAAUUCAACGUGAUCAAUCACAACGUGCUUCACAUUUAAUUGGUCAAAAUUUAUUACAAGGAUGGGCUUUAAUUGAUCAAAUUUGUCCAAAUGAGACAUGUUACGGUGUACCUUUGAUUAGGUCCCGUGAUAAAAGAAAAUAUUGUGUCAUUUGUCAAAAUUAUUAUUUAAAUGAAUCAGAAUUUGAUUCUUCGAGACAUAGUUUGACGACAUUACAAUCUUCAGCUAAGAAUGAUACAAUUAAUGAAAAAAAGCAUCAAAUUGAUGUUAAAGAGAUUGAGUCUACGAUUCAACAACUUGGAAAAAAAGUUCAGUUAUCAUAUAACAACACUAAUAAUAUAACUUUGGAACAAAAUGAUACUGAUAAUAACAAACAUCAGCAUGAUGUGGUACGAAAAUGUGUUUCGACUCUAUCAACAAAACUUGAGGAAUUAAGUAUUCUAUUGAAAAAUACUUCAGAUGUAUCAGAAAUAAAAAAUAUUUGUAAUACCAUAGAGAGUUGUGCUCAAGCUUUAGGAGCAAUUAAGUCAUUGGAACAUUCAUAA